AUGUCCAGCAGCCCCAAAGUUGUAGCCAUGAGGAAGGUGAUGCAACAGCUCUGGCUCGAGGCCAGGCUCCACCACCUGCAGGUUUCUCAAGCUGCUGCUGAUCUGGAACAGUUUUGCCUGCAAAAUGCCCAAAAUGAUCCCCUGCUGACUGGGGUAUUUUCCAGUAUUAAUCCUUUCCAUCCCCAGAAAGUCUGCUCAUUCCUAUAG